UGGCCUUUGGGCUUCGACUGUGAAAGUACCCAUCUCCCAGUUCCACCCGGCAGAUUUCAUCUUCGACGACUACAAGUCGUCUCUCUCUAUCUCUCCUCCUCAAUCGCUCUUCACCAUCGAGUUUACCAAAACCCUAGGGAAAAUGUGGAUCUCUGGAAAACCCUGUCUUCCCCUGUUGCUUUUCACCAUUUUCAUUCUGUCAACAUCUUUUAAUCUCCUCGUAGAUUCAUCAGAAUCACAUUCAGACAGAGUUUCCGAACUCAUUUCCCUUCAAUCAAAAUCAAAAUCAGGUGUAAUUCAUCUCAAUGAUAAAUCUCUAAAUCGUUUCUUAACAUCAGCAAAGUCCAGAUCUUACUCAUUAAUCAUCUUCUUCGACGCUGUCCAACUCCAUGAUAAACAAGAACUUCAUCUAAAAGAUCUGAAAUUUGAAUUCGAUCUUGUAUCAGCAUCAUUCAUCAAGAACAAUAAAGAUACACCAUCUCAAUCUAAACUAUUCUUUUGUGAUAUUGAAUUUAAAGAAUCACAAAAUAGUUUUGGAUUAUUUGGUGUGAAUGCGCUUCCUCAUAUCCGUCAUGUUAGUCCACAAGUACGUAAUGUUAAAGAUUCUGAACAAAUGGAUCAAAGUGAUUUCUCUAGGAUGGCUGAAUCAAUGGCUGAAUUCGUUGAAUCAAAGACCAAACUUAGUGUUGGUAAUAUUGAGAGACCACCUGUUGUUUCACAGAAGCAAGUUGGGUUUUUGAUUUUAGCACUUUUGAUUUCAUCCCCAUUCUUAGUUAAGAGAGUUCUUGCUGGAAACACAUUGCUUCAUGAACCUAUGUUGUAUUUGAUUUUCUCUGUGUUUGUUUACUUCUUUAGUGUUUCUGGUGCUAUGUUUAACAUCAUUAGAAAGAUGCCUAUGUUUUUAGCUGAUAGAAACGAUCCGUCCAAGCUAUCUUUCUUUUAUCAAGGUUCGGGAAUGCAACUUGGUGCUGAAGGAUUUGCAGUCGGGGGAUUGUAUACUCUCGUGGGUUUGCUGUUGGCAAUUGCUACUCAUUUACUUGUUCAGGUUAGGAACAGGAGUGUGCAGAGAGGAUUCAUGGUGUUUGCGCUGAUUGUUUCAUUUUGGGCUGUCAAGAAAGUUGUGUUCUUGGAUAAUUGGAAGACUGGUUAUGGGAUUCAUGGAUAUUGGCCUUCAAGUUGGAACUAAGGUUUUUGGUGAUUGGAAUUUUAUCUCUUUUUGAGGUAAGGGUUUUGAUUUUUACAUGUUUUAGUUAAGAAGUGCAUGAACUUAAAUUCCAUGAACUCUGUUAUAGAAACACUAAAGUGCAAACUUCUAUCAUGUUGUUUUUCUCAUUAUCUACGCUUGGGAAGUUUACAUUUAUGACGAAUACAUGCUUCGUUUAUAGUUAAAUUUUGAGCAUCGAUAUGUUCCUA